AUUGACCGUCGUACUCAGUCUGGCCUAUUAUCCACUGCGUAAAAGUAACCUGCCUGCAACAGAUUUCUCAUAGGAUUUUUUCUCGUAUUCAUUGUCAUCAAAGUCAUCGAACCAGUCAAUAUCUGUAUCAUAGAUACCCCUCGAUGGUCCAAUUCCUCCUGUAACACUACCGGCUGCGCAGGACAGUCACCAACUCGUUGCCCAGCUUCGCCGUCAGAGAAUUACCCCUCAGCCGACUCAAAUGGUCUUCUCAAGGCCGGAAAGGAAAACAGAUGGUUUUCCAGAGUUUAGAGAUAUGAUGCCCGAUAAAUGGACAGUCGGUGCUGGCUAUGGGCCAGUUCUUGACGUUGAAAGUGUUGCCGAGUUGCGACUUCAUCCAAUGCUUCAUCCGAUUCUUCUGCUAACGAUAACCGUAUCGUAUCGUCCGGAAUAUGACAUAUCCUCCGGAAACUGCUAUACGAGCUCGAAAUGGCGUACAAGAAGCGUUCGAUGCAUUCUGUUUUGAGCCAGCUACAUUCCCGCGAAUGUUAAGGCUCAACAUCGUGUCUCGUUGCCACCCAUGGGAAUUUAUUGUCAAAUCCCAUGAUGAUUCUGCCGGCGUUACGGUUGGCGAUGUGCUAAGGAUUUUAUUUAUGUACCUGUCUGUCGGCCUCAACGACAUCGACCUGUAGUCUACUUCCUUCGAGCAUAGGCAAGCCAUUACAGCUGCUCACGAUGCGAGGACACGGGUUCUACAACCCGAGGAGGAGCUGGAUAUCACUAUUCUUGAUUGGUUGCUUGGGAAGACUCAUUUUUCGGGUUUCAUUCAUGACAUUGAAUAUCUGGAGGAGCGUUUCCGUGAGAUACCUUCGACUUUACAUAUUAUAUUAUGUUCUAAAUCUCGGCCAGUAUAGAUGUAACACAGUUGUAUGUAUACUUACAUGCUCAACAACUACACUGUCUUCAAUUGUACUACCUUGC